AUGGGAGAGAAAAUUGAGGUGCAACGUGAAGGUAAGAGAAGGUGGGGGGAUAGAGUGGAGAAUGGCACAAGAAGGCAUGCACAAAUGAGGAAGAAGCAAGCGAGACCUGCGAAGCGAAUUCUUCCGAGGGAUUAUUACAUUGGUAUUAACGAUGAAGAAGACCCAACGGCUGAUCUUCGUGACCUUUCUUCUCCGUCAGAGUUGACUUUCGCAGAAAAUUCCAGGAAAAUCCAGGAAUUCGCGCUUGCGGGAAAUAUUGACAAGUUUUCGCGCACGUGGCAGUAUUCACCAUCACUUUUAUCUCCUUCUUCCGAUGAUUAUCCACAUCGUACAAUUGCAUUUCCAUGUUCUUCUCAAGAUGCUAGCCCAGCAUUGAAAAUUCCUAAAUGUGAACUAGAAGAUGAGAGUUGUUAUGAUUAUUCCCAACUUCCACGGAUAUGUCUCUCGGGAUCUCCUGAUACACGAGAUUAUUGUUUACCGGUAGUUUCUCCAUCUGUGUCUUCUUAUACUUUUCCCACUGCUACUCCCUAUUAUGAGUUAAUCACAAACAAAGAUUCAGCAAAUAGUUCUACUAGUAAUGAGUCAGAAUCUCCACUGAAGCGUCUGGAACGAUGUGUAAAGGCGAGUAGUCAUAUAGAAUGCUCUGUUCCUCAUACGUCGACAAAGUUGGAUGUAAGUUUGCCUUCUUCUGUUUGUUCACCAACUGCAACACGUUCGCCACGUACGCAUUCAGCUGCAAUUAACUCUGAUAGAGCCAAAAGUUCAGCAGAUGCACUAGGUGAACUGUCGCAGUUAGUCCACCGAAUUGGCACCGUGAGGCUACCAGUAUGUGAAGCACCUAAUAAACGUGCACCUAACAGUGUUACCAGUAAUAUUUUUACCUGUCUGAAAUGCGCGCAUCGGUUUGAUACACUCGACGAAUUAGUUUUACAUAUCAGUGCUACCAAACAUUUUACACGCCGAUCGACAAGAAAUGCUGACGCCAUAGCACCUUGGGAAAGUGAUCGACCAACAUCAAAUUUUGGAAAACAGUUGAGCUCACCAGAUUUUUUAGCAACUUUGUUUUGUGCACAGAAGUGUCUUAAGAUACAGUGUGAUCUGGCGAAAAGUGACAAGAACGGAUCUUCAUGA